GAUCCAAAGGAGAGAUUAUUCAUCUCCCCCUUCGUUCGAACCUAACCCAAGCGACGGUGAUCCCAAAUCGAUUUCCAUCACCGGCCUCCCUCACCCACUCUCUUAUCCUUCUUCUUCCCCCUUCUCUCAUCUCUCUCUCUCUCUCUCCCUCUGUUUCGUCGCCGCUGUAAAUUGCAGCGGCGGUAGAUUUGAACCCGGCUCCACCUCUUCCGCCGAUCUCUCGCUCUCUCUUUAUAUUCUUUUUUUUUUUCUCUUCUUCUUCUGCUACUUCAUCUUCUUUUUGGAAACCCCCCGAAAUCGACCAUUCGCCAUCUCCUCCCUUCGAGUGACAGAGUGGCGACAACCUCUGAUCUCGUUCUCUCUUUCUCUUAAUCUCAUUCUCUUUUCUUCCUCUUCUCUAUUCUUUGUUUCUUCUUCGUCUUCUUCUUCUUCUUCUUCUUUCAGAAUUUAUUGGAGCUUACUGUUAAUUGUCUCUGACCUGUGGAGGACGACGAGCACAAGAUUCUCAGUAACCAUGACACCACACUUUUGAAGUGCCACCAUAUUCGCCAAUAUCCUCGAGUUAUGAUUUGAGACUAAAACCGAGUAUGCUACCCUCCGUGUUUAUCGUUCACGAAGUGAAACAAACGCCGAACAUGUUUGAAGUUCGACUCCCAUUCUCAGCGUACUGAAAUUCGAAGCCUGUUUUCCUUUAUCAAAUCUUUCCAGAGCAGUCCACUUAAGUUCGAUUGAAUCUCCCAGUUGCAGCAUCAGCAGAAUUCAGGCCAAAAUUCCAUUUGAAACCUUCUUUUAUUCAUCAAUGUACAACAUCGGUGAGGCCAACUUAUCUGCGCUGAGAAGCUGAGAAGGUUGUACAAGGCGACAUUCCGGGUUUCGAGCGAAACAGCUCUCUUUUUCUCUGCAACAAAAUCCCAGAGUCCUUCAAGCUUCGUCUCCAUAUGAGAACAAAUUAGGGUUUCGGAAGAUUAGGGUUUCUUCCUCUGUUACUGCAAUACCUGCCUGUUCUUGGUGUUUUGGUGGUCUUAAUUUUUUUUAGUUAGUUUCUUGUGUUGAAACUGGCUGUGGCUUUGCACGUCAUAUGUUAAGUUUGAAAUAGCCAAGGCAAUUUUCAGGAGAAUAUGUGAAAUCUUUCUUUACUUUGAAAGGUCAGUCAUCAUUCUUCUAGGAUGGCGACUGAGAAUCCUAUGAGAUUUAUUGAAAGUGGUGGAAGUAGAAAGUGGUCCUCGUCUAAGGAUACUGUAGCAGUUGCAUCAUCAUCAAAAAACAUGGGAGCUGAGGAGUUGGGGUGGCUUCUGAAAGAUCAUUGUUAUCUUGGAAAUGUGAGGGAUUCAGUUCCUAAUCGAAGUGGAAGUGCACCACCAAGCAUGGAAGGAUCAUUUGCAGCUAUUGGGAACCUUAUAUCUCAAAGCUCCCCUCGUGAUGUGAACUUGUCAAGUUUAAAUAGUCAUGUUGAAGACUGUGAUUCCGAGGAUCAACUCCGUGCUGAUCCAGCAUACUUGAAAUACUACUGCUCCAAUGUAAACUUGAAUCCGAGGCUUCCUCCACCUCUUAUCUCACGGGAGAACAGGCAUAUAGUACGCCAUUUGGGUGUCUUUGGCAAUAACUGGAGAUUGACUUCUUUUGAUGACAGUGUAAAUGGAUCUGUGCAUUUCUCUCGAGGUGUCCUUUCUACUCAUACGGAGGAGCCAGAGGAUGAUAAGUCACCUCGGCAGGCUUCUGCUGAUUGGACCGGAAGUAGUGGUGGUCAUUUACCUGGACAAUGUGCAACUUCUUUGGCUGCUCGCCAUAAGAGUUUGGUAGAUCUAAUACAGGAAGACUUCCCCCGCACUCCCUCUCCUGUAUAUAAUCAGUCCCGUUCUUCAAGCCAUGCAGCAACAGGGGAAGCAGUCGACCAGGAUAUCCAUGGCAAUUCCUUGCAUGAUUCUUCAACUAAUGCCACAAAGCUACCUGAGCUGAAUUCUGGCUGUGUGGGCGUAUGUGGUGGUACGCCUACUCUAUGUGCACAGAUGGUUGGUUCAAAAUCAAAUAGUGAUUCUUCAACUGCUCCUGAUCAGAACUCAUCUCCUGAUGGGAUGGGAAGCCCAGGGCUUGUCCAAAAAGGAGAGUCAAGCAGUGUAGACAUCCAUUUAGAGGAAGAUGUCUUAACUAGUGGUGUAACUGUUCCAAAUAUAACUAGUAUUGCAUCUGAUAUUAAAGGUCUUACUAUUUCUAGCCUACCAAAUGAAGAGGAUCACAAAAACCAUCGAGAAUGGCGGCAUUCUCAACAUAAUAAUUCACAGCAGAACCAUGUCCGCCCACAACGGGGCUCUUUGAAUGCAGUUUGGGGGCCUCCAUCUCAUAUGAUUCCUCAAGGAAUGAACCAUCCUUAUAGUGGUAUGGACCAAUUUUCUCAUGUUCAGUCCAAGUUCUCUUCAGUUGAGGUACAACCAGUGAUACAAUCGUCCGGAGUUACACCUCCCCUGUAUGCAACAGCAGCAGCAUAUAUGGCUUCUGGGAAUCCAUUUUAUCCUAACUUGCAACCUUCAGGCUUAUUUGCUCCACAGUUUGGUUUAGGUGGAUAUGCUCUGAAUACUGCUCUUAUGCCUCCAUUUAUGGCUGGUUACCCUCCUCCUGGUGCUAUUCCUAUGGCAAUUGAUAGCACUGCUGGUCCAAGUCUUAAUGCGCGAAAUGCAGGUGUUUCAAAUGGGGGAAAUAUUGCACCUGGAGUUGAUCUGCAACAUCUAUACAAAUUUUAUGGACAGAUGGGACUAACAGUGCAGCCUUCAUUUACUGAUCCUCUUUAUAUGCAAUACUUUCAGCAUCCUACUGAUGAUGCAUAUGGUUCUUCUGGCCAAUAUAAUCCCCUUACAUCUCCAGUAGGGGUUGUUGGAAGCCACGUAGAUGCUUUUGAUCCACAGAAAGGGUCUCCUGUUUCUGCUUAUGCAGCUGACCCAAAAUCUCAGUAUCAAAGAAGUGGAGGUCCAAGUAUCCCGUCCCCAAGAAAAGGGGGAAUCACUAGCCCCAGUUAUUAUGGAAGCACCCCAAAUAUGGGUGUCUUGAUGCAAUUUCCAACCUCACCUCUUUCUAGUCCAGUACUGCCAGGGUCCCCAGUGGGUGGAGCAACACUUCCAGGAAGGAGAAACGAAAUGAGAUUUCCACCAGGUUCUAGUAGGAAUGCUGGGUUAUAUUCUGGGUGGCAAGGACCAAGAGGAACUGAUAAGUUUGAUGAUCCCAAGGCAUAUUCUUUUCUUGAGGAGCUGAAAUCAAGUAAAGCUCGGAGGUUUGAGCUAUCUGACAUUGCUGGACGUAUUGUUGAAUUCAGUGCUGAUCAACAUGGGAGUCGAUUUAUUCAGCAGAAGUUAGAACAUUGUAGUACAGAAGAGAAGGCAUCUGUUUUUAAAGAAGUCCUUCCACAUUCUUCAAAAUUAAUGACUGAUGUUUUUGGCAAUUAUGUUAUUCAAAAGUUUUUUGAGCAUGGAAGCCCUGACCAGAGGAAAGAGCUUGCAAAUCAACUUAGUGGUCAUAUUUUGGCUCUAAGUCUUCAGAUGUAUGGGUGCCGUGUUAUCCAGAAGGCACUUGAGGUUAUUGAACUGGAUCAAAAAACUAAGCUUGUCCAUGAGCUGGAUGGACAUGUUAUGAGAUGUGUACGUGAUCAAAAUGGGAAUCAUGUAAUACAGAAAUGCAUUGAGUGUGUCCCUACAGAGAAAAUUGGAUUCAUAAUUUCAGCUUUUCGUGGUCAAGUUGCAACACUGUCUACACAUCCAUAUGGAUGCCGUGUUAUACAGAGAGUCCUGGAGCAUUGCACGGAUGAGCUGCAAACUCAGUGUAUAGUGGAUGAGAUCCUGGAAUCUGUUUGCACUCUUGCCCAAGAUCAGUAUGGAAACUAUGUUACUCAGCAUGUUUUGGAGAGGGGAAAGCCCCAUGAAAGGAGCCAAAUUAUUGGCAAGUUGUCAGGGCAAAUUUUGCAAAUGAGUCAGCAUAAAUUUGCAUCAAAUGUCAUUGAGAAGUGUUUGGAACACGGUGAUACUACUGAGCGGCAAUUAAUGAUUGAGGAGAUUGUUGGGCAGACAGAGGGAAACGAUAAUUUAUUGGUUAUGAUGAAGGACCAAUUUGCGAAUUAUGUUGUCCAAAAGGUUCUUGAAAUUUGUACUGAUAAGCAACGAGAAAUAUUGCUUAGCCGUAUAAAAGUUCAUCUUCAUGCUCUGAAGAAGUACACUUACGGGAAGCACAUCGUUGCUCGAUUUGAACAGUUGUCUGGUGAAGACUCCGGGGGAAAAAGGUAUCCAAGCAUUCACAUUGAAGUUGCACAUGCUUCUAGAGCUUCAUGCUUUGGAGACAUGUGGUUCAUUUAAAGAGCAUUUUGAAGUCUCCUGUUAAUGCCAUAACCAUGAGUAAAACAAGGUAACAAACAUCCCUUGUCCUUCCCUAACAAUGGGAAGAGGAAAUGCACAAUACAGCUGGUCCUGAGCAAUUGUUCUUAGAACGAGGAUAUUGAAGCCAACACAAGAUUGGGUCACCUGCUUUGAGCAGCUAGUAUAAUACUGUAAAGCUAGUAAAUAUAUGUAUUUAUUAUUUCUGUAAACUGUAUGUAUGUAUUUGUAUGUAUAACACUUUGUAGAUUUGAUUGCAAUCAAGGAAAAACUCUUUCGGAAGUUCCUUGGUUCUGUAAAAUUAGUUGCAAGAUGUGGAAUUUUCAAUUUGGCUUGUUUGGCAUGUACUGAAAUAACUAACCUGCGUUAUUCUUUAUCUUCUACGAAGAAAAUGAAUGGCAACAGGGAGGACUUCUGAUCUGGGUUGGUUUGCCCUUCCUCUGUUAAACAAAAUGACUCUAUGCAGAGACAUUGUAUC